UUCAAAACGUUUUUACUCCUAUUUAGGGCAAUUUCUGAUCUUUUAUUAAUGACAUUGAAUUUGGUAUGACAUUGAAUUUGGUUUUAUUGGUAAGCAUCAUAUUUGUGCUUUUGACUACUCUAAUUUCAAUUGGUUUCUUAACCUAUGGUGAACACAUAUGGUGAGGUACACAAAUAGGUACUCAAAUAAACUACACUAUACAAGCACAACGAUACAACAUUUUUAAAAUAUUGUUUAAGAGCACAAAAUUAUUCGAUCUGAUUGUAUGAAAAAUAGAUUUAUAAGUGCUUACCUAAUAUCAAAUAAACUAAUGGCUCGCACAUUCUUAUUUAUAGUGCUGAAUACAGGGCCGGCCUUGACUUAUUAGAGGCCAUGUUCAAAAUUAAAUAUGAGGCGAUGAAGUAUAAAACACAAUAUUAAUACUUCCACUGUUUUUAAACAAUAGUCUCCUUAGGUUUUUGUUGUUUUUAAGAAGAAAAUAAUAUGGGUAGUAUAGAGGUGUAAUGUAAAUGAAAAGGUAGGAAAAAGAAUAUAUUAAGAAAAAGUAAAGUAAUGAUAAAGUAUGAAAGAGAAAGUGCAAGUUCAUCCCAAAUUGCAACUAUUGUGCUAAUUAUUGUAACUAGGCCUUAUGUAAUAAAGAAAUUGCACAAAUGUAAUUAACUAUUGCAUUUUAAUUACAUAUAAAUAAAUAUUACUAUUUAAUGUUUGUAUUAAAAAAAUGCCAAGGAUUUUGUAUACUUCAUACUGUGUAUAUUAUAUUUAAAAUUUUGGGUCUUCUGAAACGAAAGGCCUUGUGCAAUAGCAGUUCUUGCACACCCUCAUCUAUGAUCGUGGCUGAAUAUAUUAUAUGGAGUACUACGUAGUUCAUUUAGAUGUAUAAAAGUAAAGUGUUGAGUUAUAAGUUAAUUUUUUGGGAUCAUAAUCAAACGUAAAGCAUUACAUGGAAUAUAUGUUUAAAACAGGAAAAGAUAGAGAUUAGAGAACAAAAUAGAGAAAUAUUCUUUGAAGUAAAAUUGAGGAAAGUAUAAAAACCAAUGAUGUUAACUGUUAAGGGUAGGAUAACAAUUAAAACUAAUGAAAAAACAGCUUUAUUAGGUUAAUAAUGGAAUCACAAUAUGACGGGAAAGAUAGAGGGAAUUCUUUGACGAAAACUUCAAAACUCGAAGCAAGGAAAAAAUAAUGUUGAGAGUGGGAUUUGAACCCACGCCCUUUCGGACCAGAACCUUAAUCUGGCGCCUUAGACCAACUCGGCCAUCUCAACCCGUUGAAAGUAAGUUAUCGUAGGCUGUAUAAGACGUGUAUUUUGAGAAUGCUAUGAGUCUAUAAGACAUUGAGACCAAUAAAAGCUACCCGUUCGAAAGCCUUGUAGCUCACUAGCUCGUAGCAAUAAUUAUUGCUAAUAAGAAACGGUGCAAUUACUAAAAAAUUAAGGAAUUUCCUAAAAUAAGAAUUAAAAUGUUUGAAAAUUUCAAAAUAGAAUUUCAAAAAUAUAUUAGUAUAAUUUUGAAAUGCACAAACAUUUUAAGUUCUAAUUUCCUAAAAAUCAAUAAUACUAAAAAAAGUGGUAAGAAGAUUCAAAUGAAGAUUAGAGAGAUUUUAAUCAAAUGAGGCACCCUCAAUAAGAGCAUAUCAAUGACAGACAUAGAACUGUUCUAAGCUAUGAGCAUCUACAAUACGAUUGUGCAUUGGAGUUGAGAUGUUAAAGUAAUGAGCAUGGUGUUUUCCAAAUUUGGGCCAAAAAUUUAGAGAAAAGGUUUAUUCAAAUUCAUGUCCAAUGCAAACGUAAAACAAUAAAAUGAAAUAAGAAAGGAAAACUAAAUAAGAGGAAAAUAGCAAAUACAUGGUCGAACAUACCUGGAGGCUUGCAAAUCCCUUGUUGUCUGUGUCAGAAAGUGAGAUCCAGGUCCCAAUAUGGACCUUGUCUUGAACUUUGCUCUAGAUUUUGAAGUGUUGUGUCAUCUACAAUGCACCCAUUUCAUUUUGCAUUGGAGGAUAGACUUCCAUUUUAAUUCUACAUUUGAUGAUGUGGAUACGUAGUGCACUUGUGCAUUGGAGAUGCCCUAAGGGGGUGUCAAAGAUUACGAAUCGGGUGUCUGUCCGAUUAUAGUUUUAUUAGUUUAAUUGUUCAUAUUGAAGAAUUUCGAGUUAGUCAGUUAGUACUAGGUAGUGAUUGGUCCGACUCAUAUUCAUUUUCUGAGUCUUACCAUUAAAUAAUUUUUAUUUGAAGAAUUUUAAACAUGAAUAUUCACCUUUUUAAAAUAAAAAUAAAAUUCGGACUAGAAUUAUCUAGUAACGCGCCAUGUAUAACUAACUAGAUCUUAUUUAUGAAAAGUGAGAGUUGAGAGCUUUCUCUCGAGGAAGUCGGCCACCACAAACGGACAUAUUCCUUUCUCUCAUGCCCACCGUGAACCACUACCCGCCACCUCUCGAAGCUGAACACUUGUGUUGGUGACCUUGGUUCUCAAAUUUCAGCCCCAUCUGCUGCUGCCGUACAAGACUUACAAGAAGGAGCUCAAAGACACUAUUCAUAGUUGACUUUUGCGUUCUUUCGGUGGUUUAUACAAAAAUCUAAAGCCUACAAAGGGAAUCCGAGAUAUGUGUGGGGGUCGCCUCACCUAGGCGAACCUCUUGAUAUAUUGGUAUUCUCCAUUUGAGCUGUUUGCUUUCUAAAGAUACUAGUCACUAUCGGUUGUGAUGGGCAGAGUAACUAACCGAAGCUCCAAGCUCAAAGGGACUCCACUAGAGAAGAAAACAUCUUUGAGGAUUCAAGCCCUGAAAGCUAAGGAUGGAGAAGGGUGUAUCACUUCUACUGCUAUUCCUACUAAAUCCGUGAGUCAGAAUAAGGAGGAGGAAGCCUUUGCGUUGGAAAUUGAGGAAAAUGACUCAACAAGGGAGGGGGAAGAUUCAGCACUAAAACACGAUGUCAAUGGACUGGGAGCACCUAAGGAGGUUGAGGCAGGGGAAGUUAAUGGGGUAUUGGUACCUAUUGACCAAGCUAUUGUGCAUGUUGAAAGGGAUGGUGGUCACACUGGUAUUGUGACACCUAUCGUUGAACAAAACGCAGAGCAUAUUGUGGGGGAGGUUGUUAAGCCACCUCCGACUGUGGAGGAAAUUGGUAAACAGCCUCCUAUUAUUCAAGAGGAACCGAUUAUAGGGGAUGAUUCUUCCUCUCAUGCUAUGGAUAAUGGGACCUUCAAAAAAACUAGUGUUUGGAAGUCACCUUGGACUUCACUCUUCAAGGAUAACAGGGAGCCGAGCAAAGGGAUGUAAUUGAAAUACAUAGAACCCGUGGGGGACUAUGUGGAUCUCUCCAAAAAGAGGUAUGCCCUCUAGUAUUGAUCUAUGGGGGUUUUGUUUAGUGGGGUACUUUGCGGGUAGAUUUCCCAGUUUGAAGUCUAUACAUGAACUUGUGGCAAAAUGGGGAGUUCAAUGUAGUGUGAGACAAGAUGACUGUGGUUGGGUCAUUUUCAAAUUCAAAAGUGAGGAAACAAGGAGUAAAGUACUCAUGGAAGGACCUUAUUCACUCUUUGGAAAAUCUUUGUACUUGAAGACUUUUUCGGAGGACUUCUCAUUUAAUAGUGAUGAAUUCCUAAAGGUGCCCAUUUGGGUCAAGUUUCCAUACCUCCCUAUGCAAGUGUGGGAUGAGGAAGUGAUUAGUGAAAUUGCCUCUAGGGUGGGUACUUCUUUGACCACCGAUAGGAUCACCCAAGAAAAGGCAAGAUCAAACUUUGCAAGAGUUCUAAUUGAGGUAGAUGCCUCCAAAGCACCCCCUCUAAAAGUGAAGGUUAAGAUGCCAAAUGGAAAGUUCCACAACCAAAAGGUGAUCUAUGAGACUUUCCCAAAUUUUUGCUUCCAUUGCAAGGUAUAUGGACACCAUGCGUUCACUUGCAAGGUUAUAGCCGAAAUGGAGGAAAAAGAAAGGAUAAGGAGGGAAAAAGUAAUGGAAGAGGGUGAGUCACAACCAACAUUGGAAGAGCCAAAAGAGGCUAAAAAGUUGGAAGAGCCAAAAGAGGCUAAACCCGGAUGCCGCGGACAAACAUAAUGUCGCGGUCAAAAAACAUACUGCCACGAUCAAGGAAAAGCAUGAUGUCGUGGCUUAUCAAAGGAUGGUCACCAAGGGGGCUGGGGGGUCUAAAUUACCAAAGAGGAAGGAUCACCAUCCGUUUAUACAAAAGGUAAGGUUGAAUAAAAGAAGGAGGACAAAGAAGAAGAGUAAGGAAGAUGGGGAGAUCACAUCUGAGUAUGAAACAAAUGAGGAGGAUGGCGACCCUAGAGUGAUUCGAACCUUUACGGAUGUGUACAAUGAUGAGGUCAUUGUCACCAUGCAUACGGAUGAAGUGCGCACACCUACCAUUGAGGUCAAACACUUUGAUGAGGUAAAGGAGCCCCCCAUACGGAUUAACCACCUUCUUAAAGUGGUUGAGGCUGACACUCCCGGGGUAUGGUUUACAAAGAAAUGCCUAGAGAGCUUGCCCGGAAUUAAGAAGACAAAGAGGUUCUAUAGAUUCACAAACACAUUCAUGAAGUGUGUCUAUAGACACUUUCUUGAUAGAUACUUUGAGGAUGGGCAUCCGAUGGGCAAUGGAAGCAAAGUGAUGCACCCCAAGGACAUAAAAAGAAGGAAAGCCGUGUAGUGAAUGAUAUUUGGGAAGCAUACCUAGAUGAUGUCAUAACAAAGGCCGAGUUUGAGGAGGAUGGCACAUACAAACUACACCUAAUGCAUUCUGGUCACAUAGAGAAGAUGAUGGUAAGGAUGGGCAACUACCUAAGCUGGGAUGACGGCAAGAGGGAUGGAAUCACCUUUACUCAAGAGUGCUUCAACUCACUGCCAGGAGCUCACGAAACGGAUGAAGGGUAUGAUUUUUCCCAUCUUUUUAUGCUUAAAGUUUACCCUCUUUUUCUUGAUAGGUACAAAGGGUGUGAGAGCUAUAGAGAAUGGGUACAACGAAAAAGGAAAAGGAAUAAGUUGUACAAGAGGGUGAAGGGGAAGGAUAUACAUUGUUAAUGUUUAUAGCUUCUUGGAAUGUGAGGGGGCUGAAUAAAGCCUCAAAACAAAAUUCUAUACUUAAUUUUAUACGACUUAACAAGUGAAUGGUUGGGACUAAAGAGACAAAUGACAACGCUAAGGAGUGCGGUCAAAUGGAUCAAAGAGGAACAUAAUGGUGCCAACAUUAAAGCAAAGGCCAUAAGGAUAUCUUUUUGUUACAUGGUCUAUUGGACAUGGAGAACAAGGAAUGCUAUUAUUUUUUAUGGAGCUACGGCCAAGGUGGAAGAUAUGGUGUCACAAAUCAAGUAUAUGGUGUAUAAAGUUCUCUAUUCUAUAUACCCAAUCCAUAUGAUUAAUUUUUGAAACUUUGGGAUGUGUACACCCAUUUUUGUCAUAGCUUGAUGGCUGUUUUGGUGGUGAAUAGCUAAACUAUAUAGUUAGCUAUUACGCAGUUGGUUUUUGUUGGGGGCAUCCUUACUUGGGAUUGCCUAUUUUUUUUGGUUGCUUGUGCAUAUUAUGUACAUAAACAUUCUUGGAUGAUUAUAUCUAUACAUUUAC